CAAAUCCUCAACAAUGACUUUCUGUGCGUCUGGCUCUGGGCGCGGAGGGUGUGCCACGGCUCGGUUUUUCCUCACCACCUAUGUGGCAGUGCUGGUGCUCGGCUGGACUGGAGCUGAAGCUGAGCAGGCCAAGCCGACCGGGGACAACCCACCGACGGUCACUCUCGGUACUCUGAUCACCGGAACCUGCCAGGCGCUCCAGCGGUACGCGGAGUCAGUGGUGGGAAGCGGUGUGAUCCGGUCAGCUGCUGAGCGUGCAGUGUUGUUUCUUGAAUCAGUGCUUGGUCAGGAGAACGUCUAUAAAGUGGCCAUGUUUUUUGAGAUGGUGAUCCGAUUCCUUGCUGAAGGAGCUGCCAGCGGCCUGAACGUCAUCGCCGUUUACGUCACAGAGAUCCUCCGGGUCACAGGAUUCGAUGUUGGACUGACGUCGCCCCUCUUCACUCCAGAGGGCGUAGCCGCCAUUGCCCAGUGGGGUCUCGUGGCCCUGAUUGGCUACUGGGUGCUGACCAUCGCUCUCCGUCUGCUGAUCGGCGUGGUCAGGCGGGUGUUCUGGGUGGUGAAGACCAUCUUGGCGCUCUGGCUUUUUGGACUGAUCGUGACCGACAAGCAUGCCGCUGCAGACACCACGGCGGUUCGACUGGGCGGCCUGGUGCUGGCAUAUGUCCUGUUGACUCUGCUCACUUCUUGCUCUGAAAAGACUUGUGCAGUGGAGCACCGGCUGAGCUCCCUGGAGGGCCGGGUGAAGGUAGUAGAGAAGAGGAAAGGGGAAUAGUGGGCUGUAUAGGGUUCGAGGGGAAGGAGUUACAGAUGGACAACGGUGAUGGUAAUGUCGGUUAUGAAAACAGUAACAUUGAUGGUUUCUGUAUGCGUGUGUCAAACUAUAUGGGAAAUAAAGUAACCUCUGGGAUUUUUAA